CUUUUUCGUUCCCCCUUCUCGAGUCCCAGUCCUCUCUCGCCAGCGCUCCAAUGUCUUCGACGUCGUCCUCGUCGGAAGACGGUGGCGGGGCGGCGAGGAGGAGGGGCGGGGACUACGAAGGCCCUUCGACCUCGAGGCGUCGCCGCGGCGUCAACGAAGUUUGGCCCGAGCCAUUUCUCGAGAACCUCGCGGCACAGGUCGCCAUCGAGGAGGCGCGCUCUGGGGGACGUCUCGCCGUCGCUCCUUCGCUUGUCAACUUAUUUCUGGUGUGCUCCACGUGGCGAAAUGUUUCGAGCUCGGAUCUCCUGUGGGCCGGUCUCACCCAACGCAUAUGGGGCCGGACACACCGCACCCAUCCCACAUGGCGCGACGAGUUCAUCUACUGCCAUCGGACGGCUGCGAAUUUCCGGUCUCGGCGAUCCGUCUAUGCCACCCUCCACUUCGACCCUUCGGAGGUGAACGGGGAUCCGUAUGGGCUUAUAUGCCGCUGCCUCACUCUGUCUGAACUCCACCUUGCUUGUGGCUUUGCCGAUGGGAGCGUUCGCCUCUUCGACCUCGCCACGCGCCUCCACAUUGCCACCUACCAAGCCCCCCACCGGGGCGGACUCGGUCUACAUUCACGUGCAGUCUCCGGCAUCGUCAUGAGUGAUUCGCGACUCGUAUUUGCCACGCUGGGUGGAGAUAUCCACGUGGUCAUGAUCGACGGCGGAGCCCCAUUGCGUGGGGCCCACGUCGGUGAUCUGGUCACCGACGGGGUAUUGGUGGAAUUUGCGGGAUGCGGCCGGUGGUGGGUGGGCCUCUACGCGGGCGUACCGGGCAGGGCCUUCCACAUAUGGGACAGUAAUACAGAGGAGCAAGUCUACGUGGGCGGGGAUUUGACCGACGGGGAAUCGGUAGCGGGGUGGCGAAUGCUGACUGAUUUGACUCAGAUCGUGGGUCGUCUCCGCGUCACGCGGCAAGAAUCAGCGGUGGCGGCCACGAGCACGAGAGUACUUGUCAUCGACCUGAGUGGCCACGGGACGCCGUUGCGCGAUCUGAAUUACACUAGAAGAGGGCUCAUUGUGACCUCGGUCGACGCCGAUGGAGAUGCCUACAUUGUCGUCGACACGCGAGGGCUUGCCGUUGUGCGCCAUGUGGGCAGGCGGGAGGAUAUAUGUAGGUUGAACGUGAGGGGGGCAGCGCACAGUCGAGUCAUGGGGUGCAUGAACCAGGGGUACGCGCUAAUGUGCCUAGCGGGUGCGAUUAGGGUCUGGGAGGUGGAACGCGGGGCCCAAUUGUACGACCUUGCGGUGGGGAUAGGCGAGGUCAGCGCGAUUGUGGCCAGCGAGCGCCAUGUGGCGGCAUACUCUAAUGAUUCGACCAUACAUCUAUGGGAUUUCGGCGCGGAGUAGGGUUAGACACUAUCCUAACGCCUCAGGUGUUACAACUUGAGGACUGACCUAAGGGAGGGAUAUGCAGAAGUGCUACAGUGUUUUCUUAGUUUGGAAGGUAGGGCAGGUACGCCGUUUUGGGGAGUCGUUUUAGGGACCAUUUUGACACUGAUUCUGACUACAAGGGGCUAUGGUGGUGUACAGUCUCGGGCACACGGGAACAGUGAAGUGAUUCGCUUGUGUCUGUAAAGCGAGAGGGAGGAGCAAAUAACCUAUCUUUUGCGGGUGCAUUUGACACUCUUUAGUUCUACCGCUUUUGCAAUUUGUGUAGGCAAUUCUGUUUUAGGCUUUAGGGGGGGCAGUAGAUACGUCUAGGUGGGGGUAAUUGUUUCUGCUGCUGAGGGUGGGUGGUAGGAAAAGUGUAGGUCGAAAUUUGGGAAAACUUGGUGUAGUUGAUGUUGUUCUACGGGCGUUGUAGCUUUCUCUCCGACUUUCCAAUCAAUCUUCAGGGUAUUCUUUUCGGUAAAGCAGAAGUCAUUGUCGACUCCAUAUUUGUAAUGGGUUUCGUUGUUGCAUUCCAAUUUGGUUGACGUGCAAGUC